AUGGCGGCGAUGAUGAAACACAAAAUUGUCUUUUUAGGAGAUUCCUCGGUUGGUAAAACGUGUAUAAUAGGGCGGUUUAUGACCGGAGAUUUUAACAAUGGCUACGAAUCACUUGUGUGUAAAAAUGGCAAGACCAUACAACUUCAAAUUUGGGAUACAGCGGGGCAAGAACGUUAUCGAUCACUCAUCCCAUCAUAUAUCCGUGAUAGUGCUGCUGCUGUAGUCGUAUAUGAUGUUAAUGACAGACAGACUUUUGAAAAUGUUUCGAGGUGGGUGAAGGACUUGAAGGAGUUAGAGAAAGGGAAUAUCUUUGUCUAUUUAGUUGGGAAUAAGAUUGACAUGGAAACAAGAGAAGUGCAACAGAAAGAAGCCCUUGCGAAGGGAGAGGAGUUGCACUGCAAUUGCUUUGAAACAAGCGCAAAGACUAACAUUAACAUUUCCGAGUUGUUUGCGUCGAUUGCUGAGAAUUUGUGCACCCUCCCAAUACCAGCAGACGAACACGUUGAAGUUGUUAAUGUGAAUAAAAACAGUGGUAAUACAUCGACGUGCUGCUGA